CUCCGGCACCGGACAUCUGGACAACUUUUACGGACUACUUGUGUGUUUUAAGGUGGAUAGGGGAGGCUUGCAGUGCGGGUCAUGUCAGGAUCUUACUGUCAAAGUUUGUACCCGUUCAGCGGGGAGCAGCACCAGCAGGGUCUGAGCUUCGGCGCUGGGGAUGUGAUUCGUGUGGUGCAGGCGCUGCCCGGAGGCUGGUGGGAGGGAGAGAAGGACGGAGCGGGAUGGUUCCCGUCCAGCUACGUCCAGGUUCUGGAGAAGAACGGGUCUUUGAGCCAGCUUCCCGGGCCCGAAAUGAGGGACGAACUGAGGAACGAGCCCCUGCCCCCAGACUGGAAGUGCUACAUGUCUCCACAGGGACGCAAAUACUACGUCAACACCACCAGCAACGAAACCACAUGGGAGCGGCCCUCGUCUGUGCCCGGGACCCCCAAAACCCCUCUGAGACACAAGAACUCCCUCCCGGCAGUGAAUGGGUUCCACUCAGGAGGCAGUCCUUUGCUUCAUCAACACAACAGCUUGGUCCGGAAGAGCAGCACAGAGCCACAGGGUCCCGUCUCCACAUCCCCCACCAAGAAACAGCACAAGGAGACCACAACCACGGUGAACUGUGUGACCUUCCCUCUCCCAGCCUUCAUGUCUGAACAGCAGCUGCUCAAGCCAAACGACUGGAGCUACUGCGACUACUUCUGGGCGGACAGGCGAGAUGCCCAGGGGAACAGCACCCUCACAGGCUUUGAGGUGUUACUGCACAAACAGCUGAAGGGAAAGCAGAUGCAGAAGGAGAUGGCCGACUUCAUCAGAGAGAGGAUAAAGAUAGAAGAGGAGUACGCCAAGAGCCUGUCCCGCUUGUCACAGAUCCCCCUGGCCGCGCAGGAGGAGGGGACUCUGGGGGAGGCCUGGGCCCAGCUGAAGAAGAGCCUGGCUGAUGAGGCUGAAGUCCACAUUAAGUUCUCCUCUAAGCUGCAGAGCGAGGUGGAGAAGCCCUUCCUGACCUUCAGAGAGACAUUUAAGAAGGACAUGAAGCGUCUGGACCAUCACAUGUCCGACCUGAGGAAGCAGCUAGUGGGACGCUACGCCGCUGUUGAGAAGGCACGUAAGGGUCUGGCCGACAGACAGAAGGAGCUGGAGCUCAAGACACAACAGCUCGACGUCAAACUCAACAGCAGCAAAGCAGAGGAGGAGAUCAAGAAGGCACGCAGGAAGUCCACACAAGCAGGAGAUGAGCUGAUGCGCUGUGUGGACCUGUAUAACCAGUCUCAAUCCAAAUGGUUUGAAGAGAUGGUCACCACAAGCCUGGAGCUGGAACGUCUGGAGGUGGAGAGAGUGGAGAUGAUCCGACAGCACCUGUGUCAGUACACCACUCUGAGGCAUGAGACGGACAUGUUCAACCAGAGUACGGUGGAGCCAGUGGACAAGCUACUGCAGUGUGUGGACCCAGCGAAGGAUCGAGAGCUGUGGGUGCGAGAGAACAAAACUGGGGAGAUCCGACCUGUCAACCUAGAGAUAUGAACUGCACAUGCCCCCCAGAAGGAUCAACCAGGAGGUCCAAACUGCUCCUACCUUGCAGAGUGAUCAGCCUAAAUAACUGAACUGCCCUUUUGGAGAUUAAACUGCUCCUGCCCUCUGGAAAUCCGCUCUUACCCUCCCAGAAAUCUGAACCGCUCCUACACUCCAGAUUGACCAAUUAUGCAGAUAUUAACUGUUCAUACCCUCCUGGUAUGGAGGUCCAAACUGCUCCUACCUUCUUGGUCUGAAGAUCCAAACUUCCCCGCUCCUCCUGGCUGAUCAAUUUGGAGAUAUGAACCCCCUCCUGUACAGAUGUUCUGCUCCUACUCUCCGGAGUGAUCAACCAGGACAGGAGAUCUGAACUGCUCCUAUCUUGCAGAGUGAUCAACCUGAUCAGCGCACCUAGAUAUCAAACCGCUCCUUAAGAUUGUUCGGAUUUAGGAAUGUUAACUGCUUCUACCCUCUUGACUGAUCAAUGUGGAGAUCUGAACUGCUCCUACCCUUCUGGAGAUCCUCAUCUCUCUCGGCCUGCUCUCCAUGUCCCAUGUAGGUGCUUGUGCAUAGUUAGCGCUGGCAGAUUGUAGUAAGGUCCUCGGGAGGUGUGGUCGGUGCUAGCUUUAAGUCAGCAAUGCUCUAACCCAGCUCCACUCACGGUUCUUGUUACACUUCCUCAUAACUGACCCUUUGUUGAACCUUCAUAGUCAAUAGAUUCCAGAGGUAGGUAGUACUCGGUUACAUAUAAAACUUUUUUUUAACAAAAUUGUACCAGUUGUAGUUUUCAGACACAGUAUUUUUAUUCCUAUGUGUAAUAUUUUAACUGUGCUUCAGUACUCUUACUUGAGUAAAAGUUCUUCUUCCCCCUAUGAGUGAGUCUACAAGUGCCAAAAGCUGUAUGUUGUCAAUAUAAAAUGAUAUGAACAUUUGUGUUUCUUGUACCGCAGAUAUGAUUUAGUUUGUCUUAUUUUUGUGUCUUUUCUUUUAAAAUUUAACUGUUAUGCAUUAAUCAAUGUGUCAUCAUAAUUGCACAUUGUGAUCAAAUUAUGAAUCUUACAUCCAGACAAUUACUUUUUACAUAUAAUAUUUACAUAUUUACAUAUAAUAUUUACAAAUAUUUUUUUUACUCUUUCUUUCUGGGACAGCUAAAUUGUACUUCCACAUGGUCCACUGGAGGAAGCCUUCUGUAGCAUGCAAUCAGCCUGUUACAAACUGCAGAGGUGGGUGGAACAGUCAAAACUAUACUCAAGUAAGAGUACUGAAACUUCAAAAUGAAACUACUAAAGUAGAAGUAGAGAGAAUGUCAUUUCACAAGAGAAUAUUGUCACAAUACUAAAACUUCAAGCUAGAAAUCUAUACAAAGAAAUAGACUCGAUACUCAAUACUUGAUACCACAAUGAUAACUAAAACACAAAAAACUAUUUAGACAAUAGAAUGUGAUUUUUAACAUUAAAUUAUAGUACUUACUUUUAUAUUCCCAUGUCGUCCAGGUAGGUUCAUAGUGGUGCAUGGGUGUAUACUAGUCUAGUGAUACACUUCAAGAGUAUUCUAAAGCUACCCAACAAAAGUUCAUUUCUAUCCUGUGAAUGUGACUUUUAAUUUUUUUUUUUUACUUUUGACCAUCCUACCAGAGAAUAGAGGUGGGCGAUAGGCUAAAACAUUUUAUCACAAUUUACUUGGAUCCAGAUCACAAUUUUGUUUUUAUCACAAUACAUACACGUAAUACAACCCCAAUUCCAAUUAAGUUGGGACGCUGUGUAAAACUUAAAAAAAAUACAAAAUAAAAUGACUUGCCAAUGCUUUUCAACCUAUAUUGAACUGAAUAAACUACAAAGACAUGAUAUUUAAUGUUCAAACUGAUAAACUUAAUUCAAUGUUUGUUUUACAUGCAGAGAUUUCUCCAGAUUCUCUGAAUCUUUUGAUGAUAUUGUGAACCGUAGAUGAUGCAAUCCCUAAAUUCCUUGCAAUUAUACAUUGAGAAACAUUGUUCUUAGACUGUUGUUGUUGUUGGACCAUUUACUCAUGCAGUUGUUCACAAAGUGGUGAACCUCGCCCCAUCCUUGCUUGUGAAUGACUGAGCCCUUCGGGGAGGCUCCUUUUAUACACAAUCAUGACACUCACCUGUUUCCAAUGACCCUGUUCACCUGUGGAAUGUUCCAAACAGGUGGAUUUUAUGCAUUCUUCAAAUUGGGGUUGUCUUUAUAUUGCCUACAGGUUAAAGAGGGGAUGCAAAAUCAACUUUUUGGAGCUUUCUACCAUGUUACAACGUUGUUCCCUCAUCAAAAACAUGUCUGAAGAGGUUUUAGAUGUUAUCCAUGCAUCUCUGAGUAUUUUAGCAGUCUCUCCCUGGCAUUAUUUGAGCCCUCCUUACGAUUAGCUGUAAGAUUCUAUGCAAUGCUCAGCCCACAAGCCUACAUCACCCGUGCUCCCGCACGAAUGUAAAUGCAGAGGUCUCUCGUUUAUCGCAAGGGUUACGUUCCAAAAAAUAACCUGCAAUAGGCGAAAUUCGCAAUGUAAUCACCUUUAUUUUUUACAAUUAUUAUAUAUAUUUUAAGGUUGUAAAACCCCUCACCACACACUUUAUACACUUUUCUCAGACAGGCAUUAACAUUUUCUCACAUUUCUCUCUUGUUUAAUUGAUUAAUAGUGACUCAGGUGUAUUUCCUCUGACUGUGCCUCUUCGUCCUGGCGCUGCUCCGCUGUUGUGUCGAUCGAACAUUUAUGUAAAUUUGUCUGAACACAUUCUGUGCGGGUUGAGGCCUGGUUUUGUGUUGUCCAUUGGUGUUACUCGUGCAUUUUCAUUGAAGAGAAAAUAACGUCCACUGGACUUUUAAUUCACAGCUUUGCAAAAUCCCUU